GGUGGCCUCCUCGUCCACUGGCCAGCCCGGCCAUUUCAGGCACCAGCGUUGCCUUCUCCCGGUCGGGCGCCGGGUUCUACACACCCACGAAGCGCGCCACUCGAAGUGUCCGCCUCGCCCCUUUUCUUCCCCCCCCCUCCCUCCCCCUUCCUGCCGCUUCCCAAGCAGCAGCAACUACAACAACAAUCAUGGCCACCAACUUCUUCGCCACCAUGGACAAGACCUGGAUCGAUGUCGCCAGCGCGAUUGACGCCCACCCCAACGGCGAGAUCCCCACUGAGAUCUUCAUCGCCGCGGCUCGUGAGCUGUCCAACAUCUUCGACAUUCUCAACUCGAUGGCCUUCUCGCCGGUCAAGAAGGACAUGGUCCAGAACAUUGACCUCGUGGAGCAGCGCUUCCUCUCCGCUGGCCCCGAGUCUCAGACCCUCAACCAGCUGAUCGCCAACGAGCGCAAGCUGAGCACCUUCAUGCAGAAGGGCAAGAGCCCGAGCCGUGCCCUUCUCUGGUACAAGCGUGGUAUGGAGUUCCUGGCCCAGGCUUUCCUGCGCUGCCUUGAGAACCCCACCGAGGAGCUGGCUGUCUCCUUCAGCAAGUCCUACGAGACCACCCUUCAGCAGCACCACGGCUUCCUGGUCCGCAAUGUGUUCAGCCUUGCCGUGAAGGCCGCCCCCUACCGCGAGGACUUCCUCAAGUCCCUGGCCAAGGAGGAUGAUCGUGAGCAGCUCCUGGCCACCAUGACCCCCUACAUUCAUGCCUAUGUCAAGGUCUGCAAGGUCCUCGUCAAGCUUUACGACGAUGAGGACCUCGAGCGCCCGCUGUAAGCAGAUCGUCUUGAUUUCACAUGGCUUGGUGCUGGGUGGCCCUCCCUCGAUAGCACACUCACACACACACACACACACGCAGAGGAGGCGAGAGACUAUGUCCUUUGCCACCCUCUCUUCAUCUCAUGUGCAUUGUGAAGUGCAGCGAGGCCGAGCGCCUUCCCGAGCGGUGUGCCGAAAUGCCGCAUAUCCUUGCAUGUACUCCGCGCGACCUCCCUUCUUCGCCGCCAGGGGAAGGGAAAAGAAGUCCAGCCGUGCUUCCUCGUGCUGCAUUUUUAGAUGUGAAUAUGUCCUGUUUCUCCCUCUCCCUUUUGGAGGGGUCUCGGAGGGAGAAAAAGGAGCUGUUUGUGUCUCCUCCAUGCGGAGAAAAACGGAAAAAAUCAAAAAAUACAAAAUGUCGAAGAAAGGGGA